AUGGCUCCGUCGAUUCGAGUUAUCGGUUCGCUGAACGUGGACAUGGUCUCCGUGACCCCCCGGUUCCCCGGCCCCGGAGAGACACUGACGGCAACAUCCUUUACGACCAGCCCAGGAGGCAAAGGAGCCAACCAAGCCGUUGCCUGUGGUCGACUUUCUCGAUCCCGAACUUCCUCCUCCUCUUCUCCCUCGGAUGUGCUGGCCAACGUCGAGAUGGUCGGCGCAGUCGGCCGGUUAGACGCACACUUCGGCACAUUGCUACAACCUACACUCGCCAACUCCGGAGUUAGCACAGACCGAGUACGGAGGAUAGACGAUGAACACACAGGCGUAGCUGUGAUUAUUGUUGACACAUCUGCUGCUGGCGAGAAUAGAAUACUGUUUUCACCCAAUGCCAACUACUCUGGAAUGAAACCUACGGAUGAAGUGAUUUCGCAGUCACUGUCGACUCCUCUGCCAGACCUUAUUGUCCUGCAGGCGGAAAUCCCUAUUGAUACGGUUAUUGGUAUUCUGAGAGGAGUAGCUGCUAAGAAGAAACUUCAAGAAAGUGAUGUUGAAGUGGUAUUCAACCCUGCUCCCGCACCCGAAGGCGGGCUACCGGACGAUGUAUAUGCAGCCGUUGACCAUUUGAUCAUGAACGAGACGGAGUGUGAGUUGAUGGCACCCGAGGAAUUACGAGAUAGUAGCCUCUCUCAAGAAGAACAGAGGAACAAAAUUGCUGUUCACUUCCAUGCCCUUGGGGUGCGAUAUGUGAUUGUCACACUCGGAGCCAAGGGGGUAUGGUAUAGUGCCGCCGAGCCUGGUAAGGUUGCUCAGCAGGAUGCGGGCAGGUGGAUUAGGUCUGUCAACGAGGUUCCUGCCUCAAGGGUGGACAGGGUUGUUGAUACUACGGCUGCGGGUGAUACGUUCGUUGGCGGAUACUGUGUUCAGAUUGCACAGUGGAGGGAACAGAGGAGGGCGGCGGGAAAGGCUUGCUCGGCUCUUACAACAGAUGAAUGGAAGGAUAGGUAUGGAAUUGUGACAGAGGAAGCUGUUAGAUGUGGUACAAGGGCCUCUGCUCAAUGCGUCCAGCGAUCUGGGGCAAUGGAUAGCAUCCCAUUCAGGGAUGAGAUUUAG